UCGUUUGUUUGACAAACACCAUUAGACCUCAGAGGAAGAAGAUUAGUUUCACCGCGCUCUCUGUUGUUGUUGUUUUUUUCGUUAUGUUAGUUUAAUACAAACUCUUAGAAAAGUCGUUUCUGUAAAUAAAGAAAUACAGUUUUGAAUCAGGUCAAUAAAUACCUGUAAUAUUCUCAUCCUCAAAGUAGUGACUAAGUUUUAAAGCAAGCAGGAAUAUCUGGAGGAAUAUCAUCUUAACUUAGAUCUGCUGCUGUGAAGAUGGAGUUUGUUAAAGAGGAGAGUGAAGAGAACACGAGAGAACCAGAAACCUGGAGAAUAAAACAAGAGGAGCCAGAAACCUGGGGAAUAAAACACGAGGAGCCAGACACCUGGGGAAUAAAACACGAGGAGCCAGAAACUUGGGGAAUAAAACACGAGGAGCCAGAAACCCGGGGAAUAAAACACGAGGAGCCAGAAACCCGGGGAAUAAAACACGACGAGGCAGAAACUGGGAGAAAAACCAGAAACCGAGAGAAUAAAACACGAAGAGCCAGAAACCAGGAGAAUAAAACACGAUCCAGAAACUUGGAGAAUAAAACACGAGGAGCCAGGAGAAUAAAACACGAGGAACAAGGAGGCUUGAUGAAAAUGAAAGAAGAAAGGCAAGAUCUGAAUGAGGUGGAGGGGAAAUAUCAGGAUCAGAAAGGUCAUGAUGUCAAUGGAGAAAAAUCUGUGAGUUGCAGCUUUAAAAAAAGAGAAGUCAAAAGGCCUUUCAGCUGCUCUCAGUGUGGAAACACUUUCACAUGUAACAAAACUCUUAAGAAUCACAUGUUAAUUCAUACUGGAAUAAAGCCUUUCAGCUGCUCUCAGUGUGGAAAGAGUUUCACAUAUAACCGUAAUCGUAUUAGGCACAUGUUAAUUCAUACGGGAAGUAAGCCUUUCAGCUGCUCUCAGUGUGGAAAGAGUUUUAUACGGAAAGCACACCUUAAGAGUCAUUUGUUAACUCACACUUCAGAAAAGCCUUUCAGUUGCUCUCAGUGUGGAAACACUUUUACACGCAAAGAAAGCCUUGGGAAUCACAUGUUAAUUCAUACUGGAAAAAAGUCUGUCUUCUGCUCUCAGUGUGGAAAGGGUUUUAUAUAUAAAGUAAGCCUUAGGAACCACAUGAUAAUUCAUACUGGAAAAAAGCCUUUCAGCUGUUCUGAGUGUGGAAAGAGUUUCACAUGUAACCGUAAUCUUAUUAGGCACAUGUUAAUUCAUACUUGAAUAAAGCCUUUCAGCUGUUCUGAGUGUGGAAAGAGUUUUACAGUGAAACCAAGCUUAAAUAAUCACGUUAAUUCAUACUAGGAAAAAGCCUUUCACCUGCCCUCAUAUUGAAAUACUUUUACACAGAAAGGACAAUUUAAUACUCAUUUUGUAACUCACAGUUUAUAAAAUCCUUUCUGCUUCUCUCAGUGUGGAAAGUUUUUUAUGUGGUGUCAUGCUUUCUUGAAACAUACUGUAAAGGCACAAUAUGUAAUUUUCACCGCUGGAGGGCAUGUAUUAAAAAUAAGCCGUCUAAAUGAAACAAGGCCAACGAACAAGCAUGACACACAUAUAGCUUGAAAGCUUUUAUUAUGCCACAGUUAAUCACUUCUUCUGCUUCCAGUUGUGCGUACGACAGGUAAAGCAGUACUGUUUUAUCAUACUAGAUACGUUUUAAAGUCCUUUUAUAAUGCUACACGGUGUGGUCGUCACCGGUCUAUUAAAACGCAUAACAUAUUAAAGCGUCUUUGGUGUUUCCAUGUUUUCUACAAAACCGGAAAUUGAACAUUUUUUUUUUCUCCCAAUACUGAGGUUUUGUGUAAGAGGGGGCAGCAAAGAUUGUACUGCUUGCGGAAACUAAGGUUAUUUAAUGUCAACAAAACAUUGAUGUGCAUGUUCUACAGAUCCUAUAUUGAGUUACUGUUAUCUUUUUCACUGUUGUGCUGGUUUAAUUCUCUAAAAGUGAAAAACAUGAAUUGUCUUGAUGAUUGUAAACCAGGGAAGUAAAAUAACUUUCAUUUAUCCCCUCAGUUUUAAAGUUUGUUAUGUGAAAUGUUUGAUUGCUGCAACCAAAUUACCUCUGGGGAAUAAAUAAAAUGAUCUGAACUGAA